AUGGCAUCUUCUUCCGACCACAAACAACCCACGCCUUUCCCUCAUGGCGCUUUUCUGCCUAAUGGCCAAUUCGACAAUCAACAACGUGAUCCUCCUCUCCCGCCCGACCAUCCCACAAUCGGGUACAAGCUGAAUCACUUCAUGCUACGGAUCCGCGAUCCGGCAAAAUCCAUCCCCUUCUACGUCGACAUCAUGGGGAUGCGGACCGUAUUCACCAUGAACGUCGGUCCGUUUACUAUAUAUUACCUGGGAUACCCUCAGACGGACGAACACCGAGCGGAUUUGGGAAAAUUUGGCGCCGACACUGCUGCAAACCUUCAGCAUACCUUGGGAUUAUUGGAGCUGUACCAUGUCCAUGGAUCGGAGAAACAAGAUCCCGGCUAUUAUUCGACGGGUAACGAGCCGGGCCACCUAGGAUUUGGACAUCUGGGAUUCACUGUGCCGAGCGUGCCCGAAGCUCUCAAGCGCAUGAGGGAGAACGGGGUCGAGAUCUUGAAGGACCUGGGCGUCUGCACGAGGGAGAGCAUUCCGAUCAGUGACUGGGAGAACGAACGCGGCAUCGGGGUCGAGGUCAAGGGCACCGAGAGCGAGAUCCAUGACGAGUACAGAAAGGUCUUUGAGAAGAUUGCAUUUGUGAAAGAUCCGGACGGAUACAUUGUCGAGUUAGUGCCGCAGAACAUGCGUCCUCUGGACCCGUAA